GGCACGCACAUUAUGUCCUAACACCUACAAAAAUGGAUGUCAUAAAAAUAAACCCUCAAAAUGUAUUUGAUACGGAGCUAUAUGAAAGCGUACUGGAUCCUAAAGAAUGUCAUAAGCAAUUGAAUUAUUUGUCAAACAGCUCUUUGGUUUUGCAAUUUCUAGACGCUAGCGCAAAAAUUCCCAGUGGAGUACUAACUCUAAAUGCUUUUGAUUAUGGGGACUACUACGAGUGCCUUGAUAUAGACCAGUCUGUUAGCGAUAUGCACAUACAGGGGAAAUACUGUGUAAUAAAUAUACCAUUUGAACAGAAAUCGAGCAAAUUUAACAUGUACAAAAGCAUGCUGCCGAAAUUCUCAACUAACGAUCUCAUGGAACUGUUACCAGAUCAGUUGAUUAUUUAUUUCAAAUCUCUUUUAGCUAAUGUGGAAAAUUCGCCUGCGGUAAAGUAA